UAGCUGGCGUCCGGCCACGCAAGUCACACUGCACCUGCAGGUCGCCGCCUGUUUCCCCGCCUACAGAUAAUUCCAGAAGCAUGAGGAUAUUUACCAUCGCUACAUUCACAGUCUGCUGUCACUUGCUAAGAGCCUUCACCAUCACGGCUCCCAAGGACCUGUAUGUGGUAGAACAUGGCAGCAAUGUCACGAUUGAAUGCAGAUUCCCGGUAGAACACCAGCUGGACCUGCCCGCCUUAGUUGUCUAUUGGGAGAAGGACGACCAACAAGUUAUUCAGUUCGUAGAUGGAAAGACAGACCGGCAAGACAGUAGCUUCAGUGGGAGAGCAUCGUUGCCAAAGGAACAGAUUCUAAAGGGAAACGCUGGGCUUCACAUCACCGAUGUGAAGCUGCGGGACGCCGGGGUUUACUGUUGCAUGAUCAGCUAUGGCGGCGCGGACUACAAGAGGAUCACACUGAAAGUCCACGCCCCGUACCACAAAAUCAACCACAGAAUUUUCAUGGAUCCAGCCACGUCCGAGUACGAACUAACAUGUCAGGCUGAGGGCUACCCAAAAGCUGAAGUCAUCUGGACCAACAGUGACAACCAAUCCCUGAGUGGCAAGACCACUGUCACCACUUCCCAGACAGAAGAGAAGCUUUUCAAUAUGACCAGCACUCUGAGGAUCAACGCAACGGCUAACGAUGUUUUCUACUGCACGUUUUGGAGAUUACAGUCAGGGGAAAACUACACAGCUGAGUUGAUCAUCCCAGAACCACCUGCAGAAUUUCUCCCAAAUGAGAGGACUCACUGGGUACUUCUGGGACCGUUUCUACUACUACUGUUCUUUGUUGCAGCCCUCGUCCUCUUCUUUUCAAGAAAACAAGUGAAAACUCUAGAUGUGGAGAAAUGUGACUUCGAAGACACAAAGUCAAAAAACCAAAAUGAUACACAGUUCGAGGAGACGUAAGCAGCACGGAAACCUCUGAUCUUCGAGGCGGGAUUGGCAGUCUGUGGUCU